AUGAUGGUCCGGUUUGCAUUCGUCGCUGCCGUACUAUGCGGCGCCUACCUCGGCACUCGGGACAAGACCAGCUUCUGGUACGCCAACAUCGACCACACGAGCGCCGUUGUCCGCGGCUACGCUCCUGACCUCGAUGGAGACCAAAGCUACGAGAUUUUCCGCGCUGUCACACCCGGUGAUGGCCCCGGCAUCGAGGCUGCCAUCAACGAGGCAAGCAACGGGGCCAACCGCCGCGCCCAAUGGCUGGCUUCUCAGCCGAGGGUUGUCUACAUCCCGCCGGGCGAGUACGUCGUCAACAAGACCAUCUACAUGAACACAGACACAAUCAUCAUGGGGGAUGCUACGAACGUAAGAUGUCCUGCAUCUAAACUGCAUUGUGAUGCAACUGCUGACCACCAGGCACAGCCCCCGGUCAUUAAAGCGUCAGUUGGCUUUUCCGGCAGCGGGAAGCUGUUCUCCGGACAGGACCCAACAACGGGUGAGAAGGGCGAGCUUUCGUUUGCCGUCGGCCUCAAGAACAUUGUGCUGGACACCACCAAUGUCCCUGGCGGGCAGCCAUUUGUCGCGCUGUGGUGGGGGGUCGCACAGGCAGCCCAGCUUCAGAAUGUCAGGAUCUACAUGCCGCAUGCCGAGUACGGGGUUGGGCAUUCUGGAAUGCGGCUGGGACGAGGCUCGACGCUCACGGUGGCCGAUGUGCGCAUCGAGGGAGGCCAGAACGGCAUCUGGAAUAACGGGCACCAGCAGGUUCUGUACAAGAGCAUCUACUUCUACCAAAACAAUGUCGGCAUACUGAUCGACGGCGGCCACACCAUCAGCAUCGUCAACUCCACCUUCGAUACCGUCGGUACCGGCGUCCUCAGCACGAAAGGGUCUCCCUGGAUAGCUCUCAUCGAUGCCAAGUCGAUCAACUCGGGCAUCACCUUCAAGACGACCGCCUCCGCGUCCUACCUCAUCGAGAACCUCGACAAGGACACCAAGAGCGACAUUGCCCACGGGCCGGGCGACUUCGUCAUCGGGCCGCAAUCCCACGUCGCCCAGUUCUCCUACGGGAACACUAUCGACCACAACCCCGUUUACGCGCCCAUCAAAUCCACCAGCCUCACCCGCCCCUCCGCCCUCGCGCCGUCCGGCCGCUACCCCGCCAUCCCGGCCCCAAACUACGCCAGCAGCCCGGCAUCCGACUUCCUCAACGUCAAAGACCCGGCCCAAAACGGCGGCCACCGCGUCCUAGGCGACCACAGCGUCGACGAGUCCGCCGCGCUCAACGCCAUCCUCCAGCUGGCCGCGGCGCAGGGCAAGAUCGCCUACUUCCCCUUCGGCAAGUACCGGGUGGACUCGACGCUGACCGUGCCGGCGGGCAGCCGGCUGGUGGGCGAAGCGUGGGCGACGAUCACGGGGGCGGGGUCGUUCUUCGCGGACGCGGCGCACCCGCGGCCGGUGGUGCAGGUCGGCCGCGCCGGGGAGGUCGGCACGGCGCACAUCCAGGACAUGCGCUUCACCGUCAGCGAGGCGCUGCCCGGCGCCAUCAUCCUGCAGUUCAACCUGGCCGGCGCCACGCCCGGCGACGUGGCCAUCUGGAACAGCCUGGUGACGGUGGGCGGGACGCGCGGGGCGGGCGCGCUGACGGGCGCGUGCCGCGACGCGCGCGCCCCGUGCCGGGCCGCGUUCCUGGGCCUGCACCUGGCCCGGACGUCGUCCGUGUACGUGGAGAACGUGUGGAACUGGGUGGCGGACCACGUGGCGGAGGACUUCGACGGCGGGAGCAACUUCGCGGCCGGCCGGGGGGUGCUGGUGGAGGCCACGCGGGGCACCUGGCUGCACGGGGUCGGGUCGGAGCACUGGUGGCUGUAUCAGUUGAACCUGCGGAAGGCGGAGAACGUGAUGGUCAGCCUGCUGCAGAGCGAGACCAACUACGACCAGGGGGACAACAACCCGGUGGUGGUGCCGGCGCCGUGGACGGUGGAUGAGAGCGGGUGGGGGGACCCCGGGUUUGGGUGGUGCGGCGCGAAGGAUAGGCGGUGCAGGAUGGGGCUGGCGAAUUACAUCAAUGGCGGGAGGAACAUCCACACGUACGCCUCGGCCUCGUGGGCGUUCUUCAGCGGGCCGGGGUACCAGGAGUGCGCCGAUGUGUGCCAGAGGGUCAUGCACUUUGUGCAGGAGACCCCGUCGGGCCUGCAGGCCUUUGGGCUGUGCAGCAAGGACACAUACGCCACGCUGCGGCUGGCCAAUGGGACGGAGGUAGUCACGAAGAAUGGGUUCACGGGGUCGUGGGGAGGUGACAUCGGCAGGUAUACACCGUAG